CGAACGAGGAGAGUCGAGGCGCAGGACCCCACGUUUGGUCGGUUUGCAGAAGUUAGUGGCUGAGUGGACGUAAAACAAAAUCACCUGAGCGCCCGAAACCCGCCUUUCUUUCUUUCUCUGCUUUGAAGCGUUCAGCUCGAAGUUUUCUCCCCGAGACUUCCGCGGUUUGCUCGCCGAGCAAGUUAUCCGGGAUAAAAACUCAACCACAACUGUUUCCUCUUAUGCGGUCCCAGGCGUUCUGAGCCAUGCCUGGCCACAGCACAGGGGCUCCCCAGGCGUCCCGCCACCACAAGCACCACGGCUCCAGCUCCAGAGCGGACAAGUACCGGCCAACCCGGACCAUAUCCAGGGAGAGCACGACCAGCCAGGAUUCCUUCAAGGACCCUCAUGGGGAGCAUCUCCGUGAGCACCACACCGACCACUCCCGCUAUUCAGAGAACAAGUAUGGUCGAGGCAGGGCCCACCCACGGAACGGCAGGGGCUCAGAGACUAUAGGAUUUAUCCCAGGGUCUGCAGACAACACUCCAGCCAGCAGACACGCCUGUGGCUCCUGCGCCUCCAUGGGCUGGAGCGGCUGCAAGGCCCUCAUCUGCUGCGUACUCACCUGUGGAUUUUAUGGCAGCCGAGAGCCCUGCCUGCCUGUAAACGAAAGCUCCACAGAUCAUCCCCCCAAAGCGGGCGGCGAGCCUCACCCUCCCAACGGCAUGGCUAUGCUCAAUCCCACCUGCGGCAUCUCCUCGGAGCCCAGCAAGCCCACCAAAGCCUCCAGGUUGCCCACCAGCGACAGCUUCCGCUACCCGGACGUGCGCAUCGGAGGUCAGACGGUGAGGUACCCGGUGGCUGCCUCCAAACGGACCCGCACGCCCGGCAAAGGGGAGAGCCAGCGGCCGGUGAGCAACACCAGCCUGUUGUCCCGCGACGACUACGACCUGGACGACCUGAGCGACACGGGCACGGACAUUGACUCGCUCAUCACCAAGAAGCUGCUGGAGCUGUAUGCCUUGCACCAGAUCGACCAGCUGGCCAAGUGCACCUCGGACUCGUCGUUCUCCCGCAAGACCAACGAGAUCAGCGAGCUCAUCUACAACAUCGCUCAGGACUACAACCUGGAGGAGCAGGAAGCCGAGUGCAAGCUGGUGCACGGCGUCAUCCGCAUCAGCACCCGCAAGGGCAAGAGAAACAAGAGCCACCAGUCGACGGGGCAGCGGCCCAACGGCAGGAACGACGGGACGCUGCCCGACAGCGGCAACGAGACCAUGACCCCCACCUUGUUUAGCAGCGAGUUUCCAGACGUGCAAGUGUCGGAGCAGACGCAGUCGGAUGAGCUGGCCAGGAAAAUGAGGCACUACAGCGAGAGAACGUACUCCUCCAGCACCGCCACGGCGUACUCGGCCUACCAUCACGACACCGAAACAGACUCCUCGGGUGCUCCUCUGCUGCUCUGAAGGGCAACACACAAACUAUUUAGAGAGGAUGUCGUCGAAUACGUGGAUGCCUUCGUCCUUCUGUUGCCAUUUAUGCUGUUACUGAGUGGAGCACCUUUUUUUUUAAAAAGUUUUUUUACAUGAGGCGGUUGUACUUUUAGAGUGUCUUUAAAUGCAAGGACCUUUUUUUUUUUUCUCCCUUUUUUUCUAAAUAAAUCUUUCUAUCAAAUGACCCACUGAGGAGAUUCUGCUUUCUCGCUGGGUUUUACGUUUUAUAGGAAUUUGUACGCAGUGUUUAAAAGUUGUUUUCAGAAAAUGGAAAAACUCAAUACAGUAUCGGCAGAAGCCGGGAGGCCACAGAAUAGAGACUGAUGGUAGAAACGCAACCGUCCUCAUUCUUGUCCUUGUUCUUGUUUAUGCAAGCCAUUGUGUAUGUGUGUGUGUGUGUGUGUGUGUGUGUGUGUUUGUGUGUGUUUUUGAGCUUACUGACUCCUGCCAUUUCUUCACACUUCCGUGAUGCAUGUUUUGACAUGAAAACCGUAUUUGUUAAGCCAUAUGUUGAUGUAAAUAUUCUCAAGUUGAUGUUUGUUCUUUUGUUGGAACAUUUGUGGCUUUUUUUUAAAUUUUAAUUAUUAUUAGCCGGUCUUAUUUUU